AGACAAGAGACCAAGAUUGAUUGACUGAUUGACUGAUUAAUUAAUUAGGAUAAAGUAGCAACCCUUCUCAGCACUCUCGCUCUUUACAUCCCCAUACACUACCUUAAAACUCCAAUAGUGAGAUAUAUAUAAGGUACCUAAGUACUUGGGCAUACGAUAACAUCUAAAUCCACACACCUCACAAUGUCCCAACCCAUCCUCCUCAUCAUCGGCGCCGGACCCAACAUUGGAGCCAGUGUGGCCAAGAGCUUUGCAUCCAAAGGCUAUCGCAUCGCAUUAGCAUCUCGCAAAACCCCUUCGUUUGAAAUCAAGGAUUCACUACACGUUACCGUCGACCUAGCCAAUCCAUCACAAGUUCCAAGUGUUUUUGAAACCGUCAAGCAGAAAUGGGGUGCUAGUCCCAGUGUGGUUGUUUAUAAUGCCGCCGUCUUCUUCCCCGACCAAGGCGAAGAUGUGCUUUCACAAUUCGACUUCAAGAAAUUCGAAACAUCGAAUGCGAUCAACACCACUUCGGUGAUUAGUGCUCUACAACAAUCGGUUGCUGGAUUCAAGACUCUACCUGCUUCGGCGUCCAAGACUUUUAUCUUCACUGGGAAUAUGCUCAACAGUACUCCAGCUCCAGGGUUUUUGUUGUUUGGGGCAGGAAAGGCUACGACGGCUUAUUUCAUUAGACAUCUCGUGCAGCAGAAAUCGUAUCAGGGGGAUGGGAUUAAAUUCUACUAUACAGAUCAACGCCAGUCAAACGGUGCACCGAUGGGUACCGGCGUCGAAGGAGACGCUGCAGGUAUCGAGUAUUUGAAACUUGCAGAGCGUCAGGAUCAAGGUCCUUGGGAUUACACAUUUGUCAAGGGAGAGGGUUACAAAGACUUUUCAUCGGCAAACUAGCUAGAUUUCCACCUCUAGGGAGGUAGAUGUGGAAACCAUAGCUCAAUCAUCAUCUGUCAUGCCGUCUGCCCCAGGCUUCGACAUCCUUUGUCAGCUGCAAGUGAUCAUAUGAAACAUCACAAUGCCACCGUCGCUUCAAGGCUG